GGGAUGUCCUGGUGGGGUAUUUCUGCCUGGAAAGGACUUUCUUCUAGUUGAGGAACUGCUGGCUUUAACCUAGCUCUGCCGCCUCCUCCCCUUGUGCAGCAGCUCGGCCACUGCAGAGCUGUGUGACAGGAGGAGGUGACACCUGCCAGCCUGGCCUUGUUUCCCUGCAGCUUUGGCACAGCCCCUGUGUCCCCCCUGCAGCUGUCUGUAUUGGUUACAUUAAUCUUCUGGAUUGAUUGUUACACGGACCUGGUGAUGGAGAAAAGUGGCUCUGUCAGUGCUGGGGCUCUCAGCAGGACUGGGAGAAGCCGCCCUGGACCAAACUGGGCCCUGCUGGGAGGUGUCUCAGCUCCCUGGGUUGGUCGUAGCUUCUGCACGGUGCAGCCUUUGAACAGUGAAGUGUUGAUGUAGGAUGAGGCAGGUGCUUCUGAGCAAUGUGGAGGUGUCCUGGAGAAGGCAGAGUCACUCUCAGAGAGCAUGACUGGCUGACUGGAGUUUGGGCUCCAGCUUAGGAAGGAGCUUACUGGGCUAACCGGAGGGGUGGCUGGCAGAGCUGGUUUCUCCAGGAUUUACAGUGGGAAUUGUCAGUCUCUGGAACACUACACGGCGUCCACGCUUUCUUCAUUGCAAACUGCAAUCAGGAGCCUGGCUUGGACACCCCCUGCUGCUGCCUGCCCGGAGCACUGGCUGGGGCAGGAGCUGGGAUGGGACCGGAGCUGUGUGUGCGGUCUUCAGGGAUGUCAGGAUGGUGUGGCAGUGCUGGGAAUGCUGUGCUGGGAGAAGGGGUGACUCUUCAAGCACUUGCACAUCCACUCCUCUGGCCUGGAGCUCUUUGCAUGAGCAAGACAGCUGCUGCCUUCCCCUGCUGGGCUUCACAGCCCACCACGGCAGAGCCACCCACCAGGCAUUUGUCUUCCACGACUGUCAGCUGCAGCUGGCCCAUCUGCUCCGUGAGCCCCACGGAUCCCAAGACUUUCCAAUCAGGAAUGUGUGCAGCAUCCAGCGGGUGAUAACCUUUGGCCCUGGAUGGGUUGUCCAUUAACCAGACUCAUGGCAAGAGCCACCUUGGUAGCGUCAGGUCUCGGGGGAGGAAGCGGCCGCGAGCGGGGCCGUUCUCGGGACAGAAAGUGAGGAUGAUAAAGGACACGUACAAGGAUGCUAUCCGGACCCUCAACACCCUGCAGACCAAUGCCAGCUACCUGGAGCAGGUGAAGCGGGAGCGUGGUGACCCCCAGGCCCAGCUGGAAGCCAUGAGGAGCUUUUUGGAGAGGAGCGGGCUGAAGGUCGAGGACCUGGAUCGACUGAACAUCAUCCACGUCACGGGGACGAAGGGCAAGGGCUCAGCAUGUGCUUUCACCGAGUGCAUCCUCCGCAGCUACGGGCUGAAGACAGGCUUUUACAGCUCCCCUCACCUGGUGCAGGUGCGGGAGCGGAUCCGCAUCAACGGGCAGCCCAUCAGCAAGGAGCUCUUCAGCAAGUACUUCUGGCUGGUCUACAACCGCCUGGAGGAGACCAAGGACCCGGCGCACGCCAGCAUGCCAGCAUACUUCCGCUUCCUCACUAUCAUGGCCUUCCAUGUCUUCCUGCAGGAGAAGGUGGACCUGGCGGUGGUGGAGGUUGGCAUUGGCGGUGCCUACGACUGCACCAACAUCAUCAGGGCACCGGUGGUGUGUGGGAUCUCCGCCCUGGGCAUCGACCACACCAGCAUCCUGGGGGACACCAUGGAGAAGAUCGCCUGGCAGAAAGGGGGCAUUUUUAAGCGCGGCGUGCCGGCGUUCACCGUGGUGCAGCCGGAGCGGCCGCUGGAGGUGCUGAGGGAGCGAGCCCGGGAGCGGGAGUGUCCCCUGUACCUCUGCCCGGAGCUGGAUGCCUUCGAGAGGGACCACCAGGCUCUGGAGCUGGGGCUGGCGGGUGCUCACCAGCGCUCCAACGCUGCCCUGGCCCUGCAGCUGGCCCGGGCCUGGCUGCAGCACCGCGACUGCCGGGGUCUGGGGGAGCUGAAGGAUGCGCUGCUGGACACUGAGCUGGGGGGGAGGCCGGUGCCGCUGGCCCCUGCCUUCCGACCCACCGAUGCCAUGAUCCAAGGCUUGCGGGACACGGAGUGGCUUGGCCGGACCCAGGUGCUGCCCCGUGGUCCUGUGACCUGGUACCUGGAUGGUGCCCACACCACCAGCAGCAUCCAGGCUUGUGUCCGCUGGUUCCGCCAGGCUGCCCUCAACCAGGACAAGCCCUGCGAUGGCUCCGAGGUGCGUGUGCUGCUCUUCAAUGCCACAGGGGACCGGGACACGGCGGCGCUGCUCAAGCUGCUGGUGCCCUGCCACUUCGACUACGCCAUCUUCUGCCCCAACUUCACAGAGGUGUCAGUGGCCAGCAACGUGGACCAGCAAAACUUCAACGUGACCGUGGAGAACGCUCUGACUCGCUGCCUGGAGAACCAGCGGACAUGGACCCGGCUGCUGGAGGAGAAAGGGGGGCAGGACCCUUGGCUCCCAACCCCUUUGCGGGCAGGGGGGCUGCUGCAGCCAUCUCCCUCUCCAUCCCGAGGUUCCCUGCUCCUGGUCCCCCCGGCCCCACGACCCCUCAAUUCCCCAGCUCUGGUUUUCCCCUGCCUGGCUCAGGCUGUGCGGUGGGUGGUGCAGGGCCGGGACCCCCGGCUGGGGGGGUGGGGGUGCUCGGGGGCUCACCCCCAGCCCGCGGCCAGCAGCGGGGCUGUGCUGCUACGGGAGGCGGCCGCUGUCCGGGUCCUGGUCACCGGCAGCCUGCACUUGGUGGGGGGGGUCCUCAGGCUGCUCGACCCCACACUGUCCCAGUAACAGGAUGGUGGGGGGUGACACACACACACACACAGAGGGGGCUUGGCACCUCUUUUUACUUGAAGCGCUAGUUCUACCCCCGAGGAUGCUCAGAGGUGGCCCAGGGUGGGGGGAGUCACACAGGACCCCCAACCCCAUCCCAGCUCGGCCCUUUUCACCCCAGUGCCUUUCACCUGUGCUCCCCUCUCUGGGGACACUGGCCAUGGGGAGGGGGGGGGGCGGGGUUAUGCUUCUGAUCCCCAACCCACCUUGGUGAUGCUGACUGGAGGGGGGCAGCCCUCCAUCUCUGGGGGGGAUGGCCCAGGCUGUGCUGGGGUCCCAGUGCCUGAGGGGGUGGGCAGUUUUGGGGAGGGGGGGUGAUAAGUGGGAGCCUCAGGCUGUGGUGGGGCUCGGCAUGAGGGCGCGACUAAUUUAACAUAGGGGAGAUUUUUAUUAUUAUUAAUAAGAGUUUGUAACUUGGAUGGGGAGCUGGGGGGGUGUGGGGGGUGGUUUUUUGCCCAUUGCCCCACAGGGGGCAGCAUCCCCUCACCCCCCCCACCCCCAAUAAACCUUUUGAUGCUCCCA